AUGGUAGGCGUCCUCUGGCCGUGUUCCGCCGCCCGGUGUUCCGACCGCGUUCUGCCGCCCAGUGUUCCCAGCUCUCUAGGUUUAAAGGCAUUUGCAGCAGAAAGAAGACAAUUAACUAAGGUUGCCUUCAUGUGCAAAAUGGAGUCAGACUUCUCACGAGCCGUCACUGAAGAACUCCACUGCUCUGUCUGCCUGAGCUACCUUAUAGACCCAGUCACCAUAAAAUGUGGCCACAGCUUCUGUCGAGUCUGCCUCCACCUUUUCUGGGAAGACAGUCUCCUUCCAGGCCAUUGUCCUACGUGUAGGAAACGAACCAAGCAGAAGGACUUCAGAACCAACAUUGUUCUGAAGAAGCUGGUGUCCAUCGCCAAACAAGCCAGCCUCAAGAAGUACCUGAUUUCAGAGGAGAAUAAGUGUGUGACCCACAAGGAGCCCAAGGGGAUCUUCUGUAUGGAGACCAGGAUCUACCUCUGUCAGCUCUGCUCUGACUCCCUCAUACACAGAGAUCACAGACACGCUCCCAUUGAAGCAGCUGCUGAGGGUGAAAUGGAGAGACUUCUAAAGCAAAUGGCAUCUUUACAGGAAAAGAUCCAAGAAAUUAAAGAGAAUCUAGAGGCAGAGUGCAGAAUGAAACUUUUGUUUAGAAACUUCCUGGUUAUGAGGGAAGACAUGAUCAGGACAGAGUAUAGGAAAUGGCGUGCAGUCCCACAUGAGCAGGAAGAUCAACAUAUUGUGCGCAUGAAAAAUGAAGGCGAUUGUGUUUUAGAGAAACUCGGAGAAAGUGAAGCCAUGAUGAUCCAAAAGAGCAAACAACUAAGAGAAAUGUUUCAGGAACUCAUGGCGAUGUCCCAGGAGCCAUAUGUGGUACUACUCCAGGAUGUGGAUAUUAUAUUGAGAAGGAGUGAGGCAGUGGAGCUGAGUGUACCCCAAGCUAUGAAACCAGAACUCUCUGCCCUCCCCAUCACUGGACUGACUGAAAGUUUCAACCACUUCAAAGACAAGCUUUCUCCGCGCAUCUUCGACUGUACAGAAACUGUUUGUUGA